AAAGCCAUAAAUGCUUCCAGACACAUCCUGCAGGCCCUGUUUUUUGGACUGUCCUGCUUCAAACAGCAACAUGAUUCAGCUGGCAUUAUUUGUAGUUCUACUUGGUCUCACAGCCUCACUGAAGUCAAACUCCAAAUUGUACCUGCCCAUUGAUUGCGAUGACAUCUAUCGCCAUGACAACACAAGCUCCAGCGGAGUGUACACAAUCUACCCAGGAGGUGCCACCACACCGCUGCACGCCUACUGUGACAUGCAGACGGAUGGAGGGCGAUGGACGGUUUUCGUCCGCAGAAUUGACGGAUCAGAAAGCUUCUUCAGGCCCUGGAAGCACUACAAGGCUGGGUUUGGUAAUGUAGCUGGAGAAUACUGGCUAGGUCUGGAUAAUAUCUUCAUGUUGACUGUGAGGAAGGAAAAUGAGCUGAGGGUGGACAUGGAGGACUGGGAUGGACUCCAGGCUUCUGCUCAGUACUCAGCCUUCUCAAUUGACUCGGAGCACAAUGGCUAUAAGGUUCACUUGGGCAGCUUCACUGGUGGAAGUGCAGGUGACAGCUUAGUAGGACACAACUCCAUGAAGUUCACCACAUUUGACAAAGACCAGGACAUGUGGGAAAAAAACUGUGCACAGCAGUUCCUGGGUGGAUUCUGGUACAAUGCCUGCCACACUGCCAACCCCACUGGCAUGUAUGCACCCGUUGGUGUCAUCCCAUUCGACAAUGUUCAUGUGACUUGGCAUGCAUGGAAGGGCUCAAGCUGCGGCCUGAAGACCAUGGCUAUGAAGAUAAGAUCGGUCUCUAAGUGUCCAUGCUCACAUUAGCACCGUUAGCAGGAGAGAAUCUUUUUCAUAAACACAGAAACUUUUUAUUGUUUGACCAAUGAGUUUCUUAGAUAACAUGGAGUCGUGUCACUGUUUGUCUGAUAAAUUUUAAAACCUGCUGGAAGUUACUGUUUUUAAAUUGGCAAAUGUGAUAUUUUACACAUUUUUGAGAAAAAUUGAACAGUGUGUCAUCUAAUUGUUAAAUAAAAUGAACGAAUGAGAAAUUUA